AUGAAAGUUAAAGAGUUGGAAAAGUUUGCUCAUUCUGCUUGGUCCCCUCUUUCAUGUAGUCGUACUUAUUUAGCAACAGUCACCGCAGAAGAUAACCGUGAACCAACCGGUUCAAAUAUAAAUACAAGCUCAAAUUCUCCAACAUUAGAUAUAUAUGAAUUCAAUGUUAAAGAGAACAAUCUGCUAUCUAUGCAAGUUAAUAUUAGUAUGCCAAUAAAACAAAAAGCUACAUGUUUAUUAUGGACAGCACCUAUAAAUAAUAGUCAUUUAGACAAUGGUCUACUUAUAUCUGGUUCAUCAUCUGGAAGUCUAUAUUUAUAUGACAGUCAAAAACUUAUUUCUUUACAUGAAAACACAUCAUCUUCACGAAUUACUACUACUACUACCGAUCAUCAUAUCAAUCAGUAUACUACUUUAAAUCAUGUUCAUAGUAGUAUUGAUAAAAAUCAUGAAAAUAAUGAUUUUGCAACCAUUAGUCAACAAUCAGCAUCAAUUUGUAUCAGUGAAAAUGAUGUGCCUAAUUAUUUGUAUACAUCACGUGAAAAUAUUCAUCAAGGUGUUGUAAGAAGUUUGGAUUUCAAUCGAUUUCAGACAAAUCUUUUUGCUUCAGCAUCAAAUGAUGAAGAGAUAUUUAUAUGGGAUAUUGAAAAAAUGGAACAACCAAUGUCGCCUGGUGCAAAAAUACAACCUUUAGAAAAUGUUAAUCAAGUUGCUUGGAAUCCACGAGUGCAACAUAUAUUAUGUACAACUAAUAUUGGUCGUUGUGUUAUAUGGGAUUUACGUAAAAGUGGACCAGUUUUACAACUUACUAAAACAAUGUGUCAAUUAGAACCACAAAUGAUGGCAUGGAGUCCUACAAUUGCAACUCGUUUAUGCUUAACUGAUCCAAAUAAUCCAAAUGGUCAUGUCCAAUUGUGGGAUUUACGUUAUCCAAAACAUAUGCUUUGUUUGCUAAGUCAUUGGCCACCACCUCUAUCAUCUACAUUAGGCAAUACUGGUACAGUCAAUGCAUUAUAUUGGGGUAUACCAGAUACUUGUACAAAAUCACAACUUAUCAAUAAAUCCAAUUUGUAUGAUCAUGAUAUGAUUUUACUGUUGAUUGGUGCUACUGGUAGUACAUUACCAGCUAUAAAUGAUGGUCAUUUUAGUUCAAAAUUCAAUCCAAUCUAUGCUGAAUUCUUAACUGUAUGGAGUGUUGAUCAAGCAUUGAAUAAUAAUAAUAAUAAUAGUCAUUCUACAACAAUGGAGACUAAUAUUCAUGGUAGUGGUGUAUUUGAACAAAAUAAUAAUAAUCCAACUACCCCACAGCCAAUAUUUAUUAGUCGUUUAGAAGGUUUCAAUGAUCAAGAAUUAGCUAAUCCAUUCACAUCUUGUUACAAUACAUCAUUGCCAUCGAAUGCAUCUGUUCAAUGGAUACCGAAUUAUCCGAAUUUAGUAUGUGUCACACAAUCGGAUGGUUGGAUUACUGUGUUAAAUUUAUCAAGUGGUUUAAUAAAUAAACAAACUGAACCAGUGAAUAUUGAACGAUACACAAAACAAUGUGUAUUGGCGCGAAAUUCUUCAAGUCUAGGAAAUUCGCAUAAAGUAGCUGAAGCAUUUGAUAAUGCUGUUGAUGAUGAUGAUGAUGAUGAUGGUGUUGAUGGUGAACGGUCGUUGAUUACUUUCAGUCAUACUACUACUAAUGAUAAUAUCAGUAGUAUUCAAUCGAUGACAAAUAUUCAAUCGGAUACAUUAUAUCCUGUUUUAAUGAAUGGUGAAAAUGUGAAUGAUAUGAUUGAUCUGAGACUAGACCAAUUAGGAUUAAAUGAACGAGAUCAUGUGAAUUCAAUUAGUCUUUCAUUGCCUCAACCUAUGCCAUUAUUACGUACUGCACCAAUUUGGUUAAAGCGUCCAUGUGGUGUACAUUUCGCUUUUGGUGGACGACUUGUGACUUUUUCAUCUCACCUAAAUCAUCAUCAUCAUUCAAAACGUACUCGUACAACUAGUUCCAUGAGUAAUAACAAUAGUAAUGCAAAACAUACUGAACACCACCACCAUCACCAUCUAAACAAAUCAUCAUCAUCAGAUAUUGGCCAUAAUAUUCAACAUCAACAUCAACAUCAUCACGAUUCAACAACAGUAACACCUCCGACGUCAUUAUCGUCAGAUCAACAUCAUUUAAAUUCAUCAAAUGAAAUCAAUCCAUCCAAUCGCGUUUGUAUCCAAUGGAUUGGUCUACUUCAACUGGAGCCAUCAACAUUAUCAUCAUCAUCAUCGUCAGCAGAGCUAAAUCCUUCUUCUUCUCUGAAUAAUAAUAAUAAUAAUAAUAAUAGCGAUGAUAUGAUUUAUGAAUUAAAUGUUCCAUGGAAGCAUUCAUUUGAAGCAAUUAUUCAAUGUUUUAUCAAUGUGAUUAAUUGUUCUGAUGAAUAUUUAAGUGGUAUUUGUGAAAAUGCUCAAAAUUUAUUCAAUCCAAUGCUUGAUAAUACUACUAGUACUACUACUAAUAAUCAUGAUGAUAGUAGUAAUAAUAAUAAUAAUAAUAGUGAUCGAAAUUAUUUGAAUUUAUGGAAUGUCAUUCAAGCUCGUUUAGAUAAAUCCAAUUCAGUAAAAUCAUCAUUAUCCAGUUUGUUGGGUUAUAGGAAACAAGAAUUUCAAGAUUUCAAUGACUUGACAUUCUGUCAAUUAUUGGAUGCGUUGAAAUAUGCACUGGUUAUGAAUGAUGCUGAAACUGUUAUCCAGCUAUGCAUGCAUCCUAAACUCGCAUCAAUCUCUUUGCCAAAUCUAUCGACAUUAAACAUUUUCGCUUUAAUGUUAUCUACUACUACUGCUCCUACUACUAAUACUACUACUGAUUCAACUUCAACUCGAUUCAAUCAACCCGAAUUAUAUGAUACAGUUAGAAUGAAAUUAGCUCAUCAAUUUCAUGAAAUCUCAUUACAAUUACAAAGUACUAAUAGUAGUACAAUAAUGCAUGAUGAACCAAUCCAUUUGAAAUCCAUUUUAUUAUUAUUACUUAAUAUUGGUUGUGGUGGUGUUGUUGUUGCGUCCGAGUUUGCACAAACCGCCUGGUUCAAUCUUAUUGAACAUUGGCCAUUGAAUGAUUGGACAAGUAUAUUAACAGUAAUGAUUAAUUAUUUAUUAGAUAAAAAUAAUGAAUUAUGCAGAAAAUUAUGCUCUACUCUUGCCAAACGUCUUCUUGACACAUCAAACUCAUCAUUGGACAAUGGAUUAGCUGCUUGUAUUUGUUAUAUUAUUUCGGAUAAUUUUGAUGAAUUCACAAAAUGUUGGCUACAAUUGAAUAGUUUGAAUGAAAUCAAUGUCAGUAAUAUGCCGAAAUGUUUGCCUUUAGCAUUACUACUUCUCUUCUUAUAUCGUUCAGCGUCUUCUUCUUCUACAACUACUAUCAUCAAUCCAUGUACAGAUAAUGAUGAUCAGUUAAAUUGUAAAUUAUUACUAACACUCAGUAUAUGGUUAAUUGAAUUUCCAAUGGACAAUAGUCAAUUAAAUGAUGAUGAUAGAAUUUUAUUAAGUUUUAAUUUAUUGGCUAAAAUUCUACCAACUGUACAAUUUCAUUCAUCCCAAUCAACAUUGUUUAGUUUAAAUGAAUUCAGGCAUCGUGUUUGGUGUAAUCUAACCAGUGAACAACAACAACAACAGCUGAAAUUAUCGUCCAUGGGAUUACAACAACAUCAUCAUCAACAGCCACAAUUACUGUGUCCUUAUCCACUAAUUCAAUGUCAUUGUGGUUUACCGAAAUUGCAUUCAUUCAAUAAAAUUCAACCGACCAAUCAACAAUUGACCUUAACAACCAAUCAAUUUCAACAAUCUCAACAAUCCGUUUUAACAUGUAAUGAUGGUCUAUUGAAUAAUAAAACAAUUGGACAAAAUCAAUCUAUAUUGAACAUCUCUCCACCGAUCAAUGUAGCACAUAAUGCAAAUGUACCACCAUCAUUUACAUCGCCGGUUUGUUCAAAUGUUUAUCCUCCGUUGAAUUUACCACCUACACACUUGACAAAUCAACAAUCAUCGAUUGUUACACCACCAAUGCCGAAUGCUUUCAAUAAUAACAAUUAUACUACUACUAAUCAUAUCAGUAGUAGUGGUGUUAAUAGUAAUAAUUAUCCUCCAAUGAAACCUUGUUUGCAGUCGAACACUACUAAUCUGAUAGAAUUCAAUGCAGUUGAUGCGAAUAGCAUGUCAACUAUGAUGCAUAAACCGCCAUUACCGCCGCCAAUACAACCUGCUCAAAUGUAUACAAAUGUUGAGCAUCAUACUAUGUAUAACAGAUCAACAAUACAACAUCCUAGUUUUCAACCAAUAAACAAUAUGCCUUAUACUGCUGCUGCUGCUAGUGGUGGUGGUGUUGGUAUGUCAACACCUCCUGCUCCAUUCAAUGUCCAACACCAACAACCACAACAACCACCACAUGAGCCACAACAGCUAGUGCAACCAUUAGUACAAUCAGCUGGGAUUCCACCGCCGCUGCUACCCCCACCAGCACCAGCUCCAGCACCACCACUACAACAACAACAACAACAUCAACGUCAGUCAUCUGUCAUAUCACCAGGUUGGAAUGAUCCACCCAUCUUGUCAAAUGAUAAACCACGUCAAUCAAGUGUUUCACAUAAUCCUUAUUAUAAUCCAAUGGAAUUUGCGAAUUCACCUAUAAUUCCUCAACCGACCAAUGUUUUAUCAUCAAAUAGUAUUACGUCAAAUCCUUCAUUACCGCCGAAUUCAAAUGUAUGUUAUCCUGCAGCCGCCAUGCCUUUAUUAAAUCCUAAUCUAAUUUGUACUCAACAACCGAUACAACAACAAUUUGCACCGUCAUCAUUAUUCAUGCAACAACCACAACAACCACCGCUACCACCUUCAUAUUCACAAGUUCAAGGAGGCGGCGUAGCAGGAGUAGGUGUAGUAGGUGUAGUUGCACAACAUCAACACGAACAAUACCAGUCAUCUAUUGGACCAAGUUCACAGUUCUCUCCUAGAUUGCCAUCAUCAUCAGUUGCCUCAUCUGAUGUUUGGCCUAUAGCUCAACCUUUAUGUACUACUACUACUACUAGUACUACUGUUGAUACAACUGUUACACCUAUACAAUCGGAUUUGAACAAUCAAACUUCGAUUGUAAAUGAUAACUUAUCUACGAAUUCAGUGAACUCAUUGUCAACUCAUAAUUCAUUACCAAUAGAAUUUCAACAUAUACAAAAUGUAUUAAAUAAUUUAAUUCAAAAUUGUCGUGACAUUGGCAGCAAACAAUAUCAUCAUAAAUUAACUGAUAUUGAACAACGUUUAAAUCAAUUUUUUAUCAACAUUUCAACUGGUCAAUUACAAUUAAUUGAUUUAUCCAUGGAAUAUUUACAAAAUUCUAUUCAUUCAAUUGAAUUAAAUGAUUAUUGCAAUGCUUUACAACAAAUUAAUACAUUCAUUCAAUCAUCAAUUCAAUUGCCAAAUAUUCAAUGUUAUGGACCAGCAUUGAAAAUGUUAAUUCAACUAGCUCAACAAUUAUCAUUGAACAAACAAACAAAAUAA